UAUGAUGCAGCAAAGAGAUUUCUAUGGGAAUGAUUACAUAUACAAACAUAUCAAAUAAGUAAGUUUAUAGGAGUUUACAGAUUAAUUAUUCAAUCCCAUAAGGCAUUAAAAAUAAAUGGUUUUAUUUUCUCAGAAUGAAUAAAAAGAAUAAUAAGAGUUAUAUAAAUAUUAUGUCUAUUUGGGAGGAGGUGUAUUUACAGUAUCUGCUUUAUCAGUUAUUUUCUAUAAAAAAAUUCCCUUCCUUAAUAGAAUUGAGAAAAGAUGGGCUAGAAUAUUAACAAAAGCUUUAUUACUAUUUGGACCACUCCAAGUAAUUUUGAUAUCUAUAUAAUAAAGGUACAAUCUAUAUUUGGUCAAAGAGCUUAAUAUGAAUUAUUAGAUAGAUAGUUUAUAUAAUAUCAUAGAUAAUUAUAAGAUUAUAUGUUUUCUGGGGACAUAAGAAAACUUAAAUAAGAUAUUUAAAUAAGUCCUGUAUGAU